GGUGGUUAUGUAUUCAUCUCGAUAGCUCCGCUCUCCAACCAGUUCAUCCAUGGCAUUUCGCUUCUUUGGCAAGACCUUGCUGUACGCCCUGCCCCUGGGCGUCACUUUCCUGGACUGCGUUGGUUAUGUGGCCAGAGUGGAUGGCAUCUCCAUGCAGCCCGCUCUCAAUCCCGUGCCGGAUGAAAAGGACUACGUGUUCCUGCUGCGCUGGGGCACCCACAACAGUCAGGUGGAGCGCGGCGACAUAAUAUCGCUCAUUUCACCGAAGGAUCCCGCCCAGAAGAUUAUCAAGCGCGUGGUGGGGCUGCAGGGCGACGUCGUGUCCACGCUGGGCUACAAGCACGAGAUCGUUCGCGUACCCGAGGGCCAUUGCUGGGUGGAGGGCGAUCACACGGGCCACUCCAUGGACAGCAAUACCUUUGGACCCGUCGCCCUCGGCCUGAUGUCCGCGCGGGCAGUGGCGAUCGUGUGGCCACCGGAACGCUGGCGAAUACUGGAGAACGAGCUGCCACGGCGCCGGAGACCCAUACAGGCCUCCAAGAACUCCAGCAACUACUACAACUAGACUGACCAACUGGCGGAGAGCCUGCGCCCAAGAUAGUUCCAAUUGUGUACAUACUGAACCGUAUAUUUUAUAAACAAUUUGUUGUGUUCCCGCAUGCAAAGCAAAGUAGGAUGUUCCAAACUAAAAAUUAAAGUUAAAACCAAAGAAA